AAAGAGAUCUAAAUACCAAUAAAAGAUAAAAAAAAAAGAGAAAAUUGAAACAAAAUACUCAAAUUUCUCUCCCCGUGAAAAUCCAUCCAUUUCUCUCUCUCUAAAAGUCUGCAAAAUUUCGCAGAGACGAAGAGAGAGAGAGAGAGAGAGAGAGAGAGAGAGCUUUUCUUUUUCCCGUUAAUGGCGGUUACUCAGUUUCGCGGCGGCCAUUGAAAACGGAAAAUCAAUUGGUGUGGAAAAAUCCUUGGACUGGAUUACAUUUUACUGGAUCUAGAAUUCUGAAGGAAAAGCAAGAAUAAAAGUUAUUAAAUGUAGAAUAGAGUAGUUGUUAUUGAAAAACUUGAUUAUUCUGUAACUUCUCAGGUGAAAUUAUAGAUUUUCAUCGGACAAAUUAAAUCACUCAAAAUUCAGCGACCAAGUUCAGGGGGUGAUUUGCCCCAAACUGGGGAGUAUAACUCUUUUCCUGUUGCUCGGAGGGUGAAUUCUGCCAGCGCCAUGAUGAUGGGAGAUGACGUUGAGAAUGGUAAUUUGGGGCUUUAUCAAGAUAGGCCAAGGACUUUUCCUAACAUGCGUAGUAAACCUUAUACCCCCUUGAUUUUUCGAGUUCUCAUGGGAAUAAAUGUUCGUGUUCUUGUUAUACUUCUCCUUUUGGGCUUGGGAUUUGUCUUUUACGUUGGAGCAAGUACUUCUCCAAUCAUUGUUUUUGUCUUCUCUGUUUGCAUCAUCAGCUUCCUUUUGUCAAUAUAUCUUACAAAGUGGGUGCUUUCAAAGGAUGAAGGGCCUCCAGAGAUGUCUCAGAUAUCAGAUGCCAUACGUGAUGGAGCAGAAGGAUUCUUCAGGACUCAGUAUGGUACUAUCUCCAAGAUGGCAUUGUUGCUAGCGCUAGUGAUUCUCAGCAUUUAUUUGUUUCGUAGUACAACUCCUCAACAAGAAUCUUCAGGCCUAGGAAGGGCAACAUCUGCAUAUAUCACUGUUGCUGCAUUUCUUCUGGGAGCUCUAUGUUCAGGUGUUGCUGGUUAUGUUGGGAUGUGGGUAUCAGUUCGUGCAAAUGUCCGAGUCUCCAGUGCGGCAAGACGGUCUGCAAGAGAGGCAUUGCAGGUAGCUGUCCGUGCUGGUGGUUUCUCUGCCUUGGUGGUGGUUGGUAUGGCUGUGAUCGGUAUAGCCAUCCUUUAUUCAACAUUUUAUGUGUGGUUGGGGGUGGAUUCACCUGGUUCAAUGAAGGUUACAGAUUUGCCUCUUCUUCUUGUGGGAUAUGGUUUUGGAGCUUCAUUCGUUGCCCUGUUUGCUCAGUUGGGUGGUGGAAUAUAUACAAAAGCAGCUGAUGUCGGGGCAGAUCUUGUUGGAAAAGUAGAACAGGGGAUACCUGAAGAUGAUCCUAGAAACCCGGCUGUAAUUGCAGAUUUGGUUGGAGAUAAUGUUGGUGAUUGUGCUGCUCGAGGUGCAGAUCUUUUCGAAAGCAUCGCAGCAGAGAUAAUUAGUGCUAUGAUACUUGGUGGAACAAUGGCUCAGCGCUGUAAAAUUGAAGAUCCAUCUGGCUUUAUCCUGUUUCCCCUUGUUGUGCACUCAUUUGACCUGGUGGUGUCAUCAGUUGGAAUACUUUCGAUUCGGGGUACACGUGACUCCAGUGUGAAAACUCCUAUAGAGGAUCCGAUGACAAUUCUUCAGAAAGGAUACUCUGUUACAAUAGUUUUGGCUGUUCUGACAUUUGCUGGGUCUACACGGUGGCUGCUUUAUACUGAUCAAGCACCUUCUGCGUGGUUGAACUUUGCAUUGUGUGGGUUGGUUGGUAUCAUCACGGCAUAUGUUUUUGUCUGGAUAACCAAAUAUUACACUGACUACAAGCAUGAGCCUGUGCGCACGUUAGCUCUUUCUAGCUCAACAGGACAUGGUACUAACAUUAUUGCUGGAGUCAGUUUGGGCCUGGAAUCAACAGCUCUUCCUGUUCUUGUGAUAAGCAUAUCUAUUAUUUCUGCUUUUUGGCUGGGUCACACCUCGGGACUGGUGGAUGAAGCAGGAAGUCCAACUGGUGGGUUGUUUGGCACAGCUGUAGCAACAAUGGGAAUGCUCAGCACUGCUGCCUAUAUUCUGACCAUGGAUAUGUUUGGCCCAAUAGCUGAUAAUGCUGGUGGCAUCGUAGAGAUGAGUCAGCAGCCAGAGAGCGUGCGAGAGAUCACUGAUGUUCUUGAUGCUGUUGGGAACACCACAAAGGCUACCACCAAAGGUUUUGCCAUUGGAUCUGCAGCACUUGCUUCUUUUCUUCUGUUUAGUGCAUAUAUGGAUGAGGUUGCAUCUUUUGCUCAUGAAUCUUUUAAACAGGUUGAUAUUGCCAUUCCUGAGGUUUUCAUUGGUGGAUUGUUGGGCUCCAUGCUCAUAUUCUUAUUUAGUGCAUGGGCCUGUGCUGCAGUUGGCCGAACUGCUCAGGAGGUUGUUAAGGAAGUAAGAAGACAAUUUAUUGAGAGGCCUGGUAUCAUGGACUACAAGGAGAAACCAGACUAUGGUCGCUGUGUUGCUAUUGUGGCAUCUGCAUCUUUGAGGGAGAUGAUAAAACCUGGUGCUUUGGCUAUAGUAUCACCAAUUGUAGUUGGUUUUCUAUUCCGUGUUUUGGGACAUUAUACUGGACAUCCUCUACUUGGAGCAAAAGUCGUAGCUGCUCUGCUGAUGUUUGCGACAGUUUCUGGUAUUUUAAUGGCUCUCUUUCUUAACACAGCUGGUGGUGCAUGGGAUAAUGCGAAGAAGUUUAUUGAGACAGGAGCUCUUGGUGGCAAAGGCAGUGAUUCUCAUAAAGCAGCAGUUACUGGAGAUACGUAAGUUAUUUUUUCCUUUUCCUUUUCUUUCUU